GUUCUUGUUCUCUGUGAAGGUCCUGGGGUCACCCCAGCCUGCCACUUCCCCUCUCUGCCACAGGAUGACCCGGCACGGCAAAAACUGCACUGCAGGGGCUGUGUACACCUACCACGAGAAGAAGAAGGACACAGCGGCCUCGGGCUAUGGGACCCAGAACAUUCGGCUAAGCCGGGAUGCUGUGAAGGACUUCGACUGCUGCUGUCUCUCUCUGCAGCCCUGCCAUGAUCCUGUAGUCACCCCAGAUGGCUACCUGUAUGAAAGGGAGGCGAUCCUGGAGUUUAUCCUACAUCAGAAGAAGGAGGUCGCCCGGCAGAUGAAGGCCUAUGAGAAGCAGCGAGGAGCCCGGAGGGAAGAGCAGAAAGAGCUCCAGAGAGCUGCAGCGCACGACCAAGUCCGUGGCUUCCUGGAGAAGGAGGCAGCCAUCGUGAGCCGGCCCCUCAACCCCUUCAUGCCCAAGGCUGCCACCACGCCCAACACAGAUGGUGAGCAGCCGGGGCCCAGCGCCGGAUCCCAGGGCAAGGACAAGGCGCUGCCCAGCUUCUGGAUUCCUUCCCUGACGCCCGAGGCAAAGGCCACCAAGCUGGAAAAGCCGUCCCGCACCGUCACCUGCCCGAUGAGUGGAAAGCCGCUGCGCAUGUCAGACCUGACGCCCGUGCGCUUCACGCAGCUGGACGACUCUGUGGACCGGGUGGGGCUCAUCACACGCAGCGAGCGCUACGUCUGUGCAGUGACCCGAGACAGCCUGAGCAACUCCACACCGUGUGCGGUGCUACGGCCCUCUGGGGCUGUGGUCACCCUGGAGUGUGUCGAGAAACUGAUCCGGAAGGACAUGGUGGACCCUGUGACCGGGGACACGCUGACAGAACGCGACAUCAUCGUGCUGCAGCGGGGCGGCACAGGCUUUGCAGGCUCCGGUGUGAAGCUCCAGGCGGAAAUGUCCCGGCCCGUGAUGCAGGCCUGAGCUAUGACCUAAUAAACCUGCGUAUGAACAGACUAUGCCUGUUUUCUCACUGUAGUCAGGAGCUGCAGAAAGAGUGGGCGUGAGUGCGGGACUCUCUGCCCCAGAGCCCUCAGCUCCUGGAAGCUGACUCAGUCACUUUUGGCCGAGCAGG